AAUCACGGCUGGCAGCAGUAAAAGUUUAGUUGUGAACUUAUUGAAGCUUUAUUUGUUUAUUAAAAAAUAAAUUGCAAAUUUUGAUUCAUUUUAUAUAUAUAAAGAAAUAUUUCAUUAAAACCCUAAUUGUAUUUUUAAUUAAAACUUUAGGAAAUAUAAACGGCUGCAAAGUUUAGUUUAUUUAAAUAUAAUGCAGAGUGUAUUCAAUACUGUCAAAGGAACAGCCCUAAAUGUAGCGGAGUACCUGACACCUGUUUUGAAGGAAUCCAAAUUCAAAGAAACUGGGGUGUUAACACCAGAAGAAUUUGUUGCUGCGGGAGACCAUUUGGUCCAUCACUGUCCAACUUGGCAGUGGGCUGCUGGUGACGAGGCUAAAACAAAACCUUAUCUACCUAAAGAUAAACAAUUUCUUAUUACACGUAAUGUACCGUGUUAUCGACGUUGUAAGCAAAUGGAAUAUGUGGGAGAAGAGACUGUGGUUGAGGAAGAAGCUGGAGACGGUGGUUGGGUUGAAACACACCAAUUAAAUGAAGAUGGCACAAAUGAACUAGAUGACAAAAUAUGUGAAUUGACUUUAAAUGAAAACAAAGAAGAAAUGAAUACACCUGAUAAUGAAGACGAGUCUGGAGCCAACGACAUGAAUGAUGAUUUUGACGAUGAUGAUGAUGACGAUGCAAUCGAUAUGGAUGAAUUUGAAGAGAGUGGUAUGCUGCAAUUAGUUGAUCCUUCAGUAGCUACUACUACGAGAAGAACAGAGAAAGACAAUGCGUGCUCCUCAAAUGCUACGUUGACUACUUCUACUGAUGCGGGUGAUUCCGUGCUUCAUACUCGCACAUAUGAUUUACAUAUAACUUAUGAUAAAUAUUAUCAAACCCCACGACUAUGGGUGGUUGGUUACGAUGAGAAUCGAAAACCACUGACUGUGGAACAGAUGUACGAAGACGUCUCACAAGACCAUGCUAAAAAGACUGUCACAAUGGAAAGUCAUCCGCAUUUACCUGGUCCCAACAUGGCAUCAGUGCAUCCUUGUAGACAUGCUGAUAUUAUGAAAAAGAUUAUACAAACUGUCGAGGAGGGUGGCGGAGAAUUAGGUGUUCACAUGUAUUUAAUAAUUUUCCUGAAAUUUGUGCAAACAGUCAUACCAACUAUAGAAUAUGACUUCACACAGAACUUCACAAUGUAAUGAAAAAAGGCUCGCAUUGCUGAAUGGUUUGACCAAAAUAUUUAAUGCCUAUUUUAUCUUAUCACUGACAAAAAAUUGACAUGUUGCUUAACUCAAUUGCUUUUAAUAUAUAUAUUUGCCUAAGCUUAAAGCACUUCUUAUAAGUACAUUGAUGUUCUUCGAUUACAGUCAUUUUUGAUUACAAACAUAUAUAUCGUGUAAAUAUUCGUAGUUAGUGUCUGAAUAAAGUAAAAUGCUGCGUUUGAGAUCACAGAGCAUA